CUCGUCUGAGUUUCACUUUUCCGGGGAUUUCAGCUGGUAGGAGGUGAAAAUGCUAUUCUGAUUGCAAUCCAUUUUCAGGGUGGGCCUCCAGGACCCGGCUGUCCCUUGAGCUUGGGUGAAGUGGCACAAAUCCCCCUUCACCCUAAGCCAGGGGUACCCGGGGCCACCUCCAUGCCGUCUGGCUGUCCCUCAGUUCUCCCUCGGUCAGCACCCCAGGACCCUGACCUGCCUUUGGACACCUGCACGUGGAUGAAGGGUACACCUGAGACCAACUGAGAAGACCCAGCAGCCCCCAGCCUCACCCUGAAGGAGAAAAGAGACACGGAGAAUGGUGGAUUUUCCAGGAUACAGUCUAUCUGGUGUGGUUGCCUCUUUCUUCUUCGUACUGUUCACCAUGAGGCAGCCAGAUAGCUGGAGAGUGAUUGGUCCUGCACAUCCUAUACUGGCUAGGAUUGGGGAAGAUGCUCUACUCACCUGUCAAAUCCUUCCCAAGAGGGCCGUGAUGCCUACAAAGAUGACAUGGUACCGCUCAGAUCCCAACGCAGUUGUGUUUGCACAGUGGGAUGGAGCUGAUGUGACCGAGAUGCAAAUGGAGGAGUACAGAGAAAGGGUAGAGUGGAUAAAGGAUGAUGUUCCUGAGGGAAGUGUGACUCUGAAGAUAAACAACAUUCGACCAUCUGAUAAUGGGCAAUACUGGUGCUGCUUCCAAGAGAAGAACUAUUAUGAAGAAACAAGCUUGUUGCUUGAAGUAGCAGGUGUGGGAUCUUCCCCUUACAUCCACAUGGAGGGACCUAUAGAAAGUGGAGUCCAGCUUGUGUGCACUGCAAAAGGCUGGUUCCCAGAGCCCCAGGUCUAUUGGGAAGAUGCCACAGGAAAGAAGUUGCUGUCUGUCUCUGAGCAUUCCAUCCAAGAUGAGAACGGCCUGUUCUAUGUGGAAGCCACUCUUGUGGUGAGGAAUGCCUCUUUGGAGACCGUGUCCUGCUUCAUCCACAACCCUAUCCUCAAUGAGGAGAAGAGCUCAGUCAUCUCCAUUCCAGAGAAACUCCAGAAUGAGCUAGCUUCCUUAAAAGUGAUUGGACCUUCCCAGCCCAUCCUUGUCAGAGUGGGAGAAGACAUACAAUUAACCUGUUGUCUGUCCCCCAAGACUAAUGCACAAAGCAUGGAGGUGAGGUGGCUCCAAUCACACCAUUAUCCUGCUGUUUAUGUGUAUGCGGAUGGGGAACAUGUGACUGAAGAGCAGAUGACAGAAUAUAGAGGGAGAACAACCUUGGUGAGUGAUGCCAUCAAUGAGGGGAGACUGACCCUGCAGAUACACAACGCCACAACGUCAGAUAAUGGGCAGUACCGGUGCCGUUUUGAAAAAGAUGGUGUCUACCAGGAGGCCAGUUUGGAUCUGAAGAUAAUAGGUCUAGGUUCUUCCCCGCUGAUUACCAUAAUAGGACAGAAGGAUGGAGAAAUAGAGUUGAUGUGCAGUUCAGAAGGGUGGUUCCCACAGCCCCAUGUGCAGUGGAAGGACAUGGAAGCAAAGAUAAUACCAUCAUUUUCAGAGGUUCUGACUCAAGGAAGUCAUGGGCUUUUCCAUGUGAAGACAUCUCUGUUGGUCACAAACAGCUUUAUUGUGAAUGUAACCUGCUCCAUUAGCAACCCCCUUCUUGGUGAGGAGAAAAUGGCAACUUACUCUCUCUCAGAGUCCAUGAUGACUUUUUCAUGGAAGACAGUGUUUAUUUGUGGAUUGCUUCUUGCUGCAGCUGUAGGCCUGGUCAUGAGGAAGAGCUAUAAAAAAGCUGCUUGAAAGGUUUCACACCAUCGUCAAGCUACCAAAUCAAGAUGCUUUAAUGUCAGUCUGGCUUCAAAUCUGAUCUGGAGACUGAUCCUUCAGAGAACUAUCCUCUCCCAAGCUGUCUGAUAUCCUGCCACUCAUCACAACCUGAUAUGUGAUGACCAAAGAUUCUUAGAAAAUCCAAUGGGAAAUGCAAUUAGGCCUACAGGAGGAAAUGCAAAAAAUUAUUAUUUGAUAUGUUUCUUUACGAAGGUGACAAUUUUCCAAGUGGGGCUAAGUAAAUGAAAAAUACUGUUGAAAAGAGUAAGAGAAAAUACAGCUAAAUGGAAAGAGAAAAUAUGAUCACUGAGAUAUAAUCUUGAAUAUCAUAUGAAAUGUGGAAUUCCUGUUCCAGACUUUUUCAAAAAGUUAAUAGAGAACUUGGAGUGAAAAAAUGUUUCAGAAAUUCUAGUCCAAGACAAAUGCCAUAUGAUUUAAUUUAUGUGUGGAAUCCAAAAGCAAAACAAAUGAAUAAAUAAACAAAAAGCAGAAUCAGAUCUAUGAAAACAGAGAACAAACUGAUGGUUACCAUAGAGAAGGGGUAGGGGUAUGAGCAAAAUGGGUGAAGGGGAGUGG